AGGCAAGAACGCCAAGCUUCGCUUUGAAGAAUUGACCGAUAGUGGCAUUAGGUGCGGAGCUAGUGUAGAUCAUUGAUCUGCCUGACAAUCAGCCAUGGGAAGCUCUUGACAACGGAUAGCGUGUAACUUGUAUGCGGCCGCAAAAUGUGACGAAUAGUACGCAGAUAAAAAAAAAACAUGAUAUAUAUUUUUUUUAAAUAUGUAGUUUAAAGAAAGACGUUUCUGUAAAAUAUUUAUUCAUAUCACCAUGCAGCCGUAAACUUCAACUCCUUCGAAGUGGAUGUGUAUUUUCAGCUUCAACACUUAGUUUGAACAAGAUGGAAGUUAUUACACCAUAAACGUUCUGCGGUGACUGACGAGAUGGGAAAAUGGGAGAUAUCAAUGAACCCAGUGCAGGAGUGGGGGGAGGAGUUUGAGGAGGGGGCGUUGUAUGGGAUCACCCUGCGUCGGGAGCCCGUCCAGAUACCAGCCAGCCCCACCGAUGCCCGGCCAUGCAUGGCCUUCGUCCAGUACCGGACCUGCAAGGUGCGCAGGCUGAAGGCAGCCACCCUGAACCGGCUGGUGAGCCACCUCCUGGACCCCUGCUGCCAGGAGCCCGACUACAGACAGAUCUUUCUGUCCACCUACCAGACCUUCACCACUACCAGUGCACUCAUUGAGCUGCUCUUCCAGAGGGACAAUGGGGCUUCAGACGCGUACAACAGUGAAUGUCACAGGAGGCGUCUGUUGCCCCUGAUCCAGACUUGGUUGGAGGAGUACAGUGAGGACUUCCGGGAUCCUCCUCAGCACCCCUCCCUAAGGCUGCUGAUGGACCAUCUGCAUAGCCUGUCCUCCUUCUGUUCACUGGCCCAGCGCUCUGAAACUCUGCUUAAGAAGUUCCAGAGAGAAGAAAUGGAUACUGGUGGCCAUUCUUCCCAGGCUGAGGUUAAUCAGGAAGAUGAGGGCUCAGGGGAGGAAGGCCUAGAAUGGGACAGCCCACUGGAUCAGGGUGACAUCAUGGACUUCUCAGUCACAGGCAUCGCAGAACAGCUCACCCGACUGGACGCUGGGCUGUUUGGGAAGGUGGUUCCGUACCAGUGUCUGGGCUGUGUGUGGUCCCAGAGAGACAAGAAGGAGAACCUGUCUGCUACCGUCAGCGCCACCAUUGCCCAGUUUAAUGCAGUCACCAACCGAGUCAUCACCUCCCUGCUCUGCCGGCCCACCUCCAGCCCCACUUCCGUCCACAGGGCCUCCAGCCCAGCUCAGAGGGCCUGCGUCAUUGAGAAGUGGAUCAGAGUAGGACAGGAGUGUCGGCAGCUGAAGAAUUUCUCCUCUUUGAGGGCCAUCCUGUCUGCCCUUCAGUCCAAUGCUGUCUACAGGCUGAGGAAGACGUGGGCUGCUGUGUGUAGGGACAGCGUGGAGAUCUUUGACAACCUCUGUGAAACCUUCCCUGAUGAGAACUGUGUGUUGAGCAACAGAGAGAUCAGUGUGGAGGAUGGAAGCCAAACAGCCAUGGAUAACAUUUCUCCCAAGAUAUCCAAGCGAUGUCCUGUUGCCAGACAGAUGAGCACCUCCAGUGGGGUGGUUCCUUACCUGGGCACGUACCUGACUAUCCUCACAAUGCUGGACACUGCUCUACCAGAUGCUGUGGAGGGGGAACUCAUAAACUUUGAAAAGAGGAGGAGGGAGUUUGAGAUUCUCUCUCAGAUCCGGCAGCUCCAAGCCUCCUGCUCUCAGUACAACCUGCCCCAUCACACCAGGAUCACUGCCUGGUUGCAGGGCCAGAAGCUGCUCACUGACCAGGAGAGCUAUGAACUGUCCAGAAACCUGGAGCCUCCAAUAGACCUCUGCUCCCCAGGCGCCUGGAGCCACCGUUUGCUCAGCAAGAAACUGUCCUCACUCCUGAAAGUGAGUGAGGGAUCCAGCAGGAAAAACCAUGCAGACCAGAUCAGUGUGUCGUCUUCAGGGUCCAGUGGCUCUGAGAUGGAGGAUCUCUCCACCCCUCCCUCCACACUCAGACUGCAGUCUAUGUCCAGCUCCUGUCAAAAUGUGGCAGAGGCCUUACCCUCCUCCCCGGAUGGCUCCACUCCCUCCAGUUGUUCCUCCAGUUCUCAGCCUGACCUCUCUGCUCCAGUGGCUGCCCACCCUAAACCCUUGCUGGCCUCUCAUCACAAGCGCUCUGUGUCCAUGACCUCCCUCCCCCUCUACAACAGACAGGUGGCUGACUCCUGUAUAGUGAGGGUCAGUGUGGAGGCUGGCAACGGCAACAUGUACAAGAGCAUCCUGCUGACUAGUCAGGACAAAACUGCCCAGGUGAUCCAGAGGGCCCUGGAAAAACACAACCUGGAGCACCUGACCUGUCAAGACUUCACCCUCACACAAUUGAUCUCCCAGGAAAGAGAGUUACUCAUUCCGGACAAAGCUAACGUCUUCUACGCCAUGUGCACGUCGGCAAACUUUGACUUUGUUCUUCACCAGUGUCCAAAGGGUCAAAAGAAACCUCUGUGCGCUACUUCCAGCCUUGGACGUUAUUCAAAGUAGACAGCGUACUAUGGCAAUGAUGAGUAACUGCAAACCAGGACUGAGUUCAAAGGAUUUUGUACAGACAUUUAGCUGGUUGUAGUUUUGUUUUUAAUAACUUUCUUUUAUGACAAAAAUCAUGUUUAAAUGUUCCAUGAUGGACAGACCCCUGUUUGGUUUGUUGUCAAGUGGGUGCCAUGAGAGGAACAGGUGGAAGAUGAUAGUCUGAUGGCACUUCAUGUAAAAUACACGUGUUGUGUAUAUACGUCUGAAGACAACAGAUUUGGGGCUACAUUUUGAAACCCAUUGAACAGAAUGUCCUUUAUUUAUUGGUGGAGCGAACUCUACAUGAAUUCCACCAUUGAACACUCAACAUUCCUCAAAGACUUCCCUGAGGUGCUUUACUUUGUGGAAAGGAGUCACAUUGGAUCAGCAUCAGCAGUGACUGUGAUGCUCUCUCCCUCAGUCACACACCAAUAUACAGACACUUAUAGUUGUUUCCUAUUGUCUCCUCUCCCUUGAGCAAAACCAGUCAUCUAUUUGUUUUAAUGAGACAGAUGACUGACGUUUCCCAACAGGGAGAGACAACCCAUGAGCCUUAAAAUGGAAUUAGGUCACAGGAGAUGGCCUGCCACUGCCACCUGAGAAGUGGAUGGGAAUGUUCUCACCCGGAUCACUAUGUUCCCCAGGGUAUCAGCCCGCCGUCAUGGCGAUACUGAUUGGGGCUGUGCGUGCGAAAGGAGGGGCUGCCCUGACUGGCUGGAUAGCAUUCCACAUACACUACAGUCAGUUGCUGUAGAGGGGAAACUGACAAACAUUUAAGGACUCAGACUGUCAAAGUUUAAAUGAUGGUGAUAAUAAUGUGUGUGUUGUAAAUGGUUCUGUGUUGCAUUUCAGUGUUAAUACUUUGUUUUUUUCUGUUCAUUUUACGUUGUUUUCUAUUUGUCUCCUAUAAUGCUCUUGAUGAUUAAGU